AAGUUGAAACCACGGGGGUGUAGGAUUACCCAAAACCCUCGUGCCUGUCCUCCUAGAACCCCAGGAUUAUCCGAAGCCAUGUCGAUUACCCUCUCAACAUUCCGAUCUCCGAACAUAUUUUUCAAAAAACCCAUAAAACUCUCCUCACACCCCCCACUGUUCAAUCGCCCUCAUGACAAUAACCAAGCUCCGUUUGACUCUUAUCAACCCAGAACAAGCAUAUUGAGACUCAGAAAUGCGCACAAAUUUCCUGGGCUUCUCUCAACCAAUCUUGGACUUUCAGUGACUAAGAAUCAUGGCUUUUUGGCUAAAGCUGAAAAUAGGGGAGAAGGGACAGAGAAUGGGGCGAAUGAAGUUGAGAUUGAGUCGCGUGGAGAGAGCUCUAUGCCGGAGAGGUUCAGGCCUUUGACAAAGGAAGCUCCUGAUAAGCCUGUGAGGUGGCCUUUUUUAAUAGUAUUGGCCUUCCUUCUCUAUGCCUGGAGGGCUGUCUUGUGGGAGCUGUCCAUUUGGAAAGGGGUUGUGAUGGGUUUCUUCCGGUUUAUAGGAACUAUGAUGAAAUUUGCUUUGGCCAAUGUCCUCUACUACAUAUUACAUCCAGUCACUGCCUCCCUUAGAUUUGUUGAGACAAUACUUCACAUCAUUCGAACUUUCUACUCAGGGGUAAUCAAACAGGCUCCUAUUCAAGAGCUAACAAAAAUGAUCAUUUUUGCAUCUUUAAUACUUGCUAUUGCCGAGGCCACUGUUCCAGAUUCUGUGAACAGCCAGCCUUAUCUUCUGACAGUUGCUGGUUUUAUUGGAUUUGUGGCUGCAAAAGGUUACAUUUCCGAGCUUUUCUUUUGGACACUUCUGCUAGGCUUGUUUAGCUUUGGUCGGUGGGUUAAAAAGAGAGAUUACGUGUCUUCCGCAUUGCCAGUUGCAGCUGUAUUAGCAGCAGUUGGAGAGCCUUGGAUUCAAGCACUAGUAAUGAUUUCAUAUACCUCUUUGGCUAUUGUUCAACACUCGAGGGAACGUGCAGAUGGGAAGGAAGGCGAAGCCACCAAUGAAGUUAUAAGGGCUCCAUUUCCUCUGCUAUGUGUUGCAUUGGCAAUCGGUGUUCGACUUGCUGCAAAUUGGGCUGGAUAUCGGCAUUUGACUUGGAUGAUCGUUUGACAACCUCGCAAACUUUCAUUGAAUCAAGUAUACUUACCUUUUGGCUUGUACAGUCUCUUAGGAUUGCUGAAGUUUUUACGAAUUUGGCAUGGAUAUUUCCAGCAUAAUUAAAUUUUGCUCUGUAAUUCAGUUUCUUUCCUUGGUUUUUGUUGCGUUAUUUGCUCUGGAUAUUCUGGCUUUCUUCAGUUCAAUUUGGAUUGCAGAUCAAACAGUAAAUUCUAUAAUGGCAAAAUAUAUUGUCAAAACUUUCUUU